AUGCCUGUCGGUGGCUGCACGAUGCUCUGUGUGCUGCCUCUUCUCCUGAACACCGUGUUGGGCUUUAAGCUGUGUCCCAGCCACUGCCUGUGCUAUGAAUCCUCUGACCUGGUGGACUGCCGGUCUCGAGGUCUGGUGUGGGUCCCUCCCAGUGUCCCCCAUGGCACCUGGCUGCUGGACUUAAGUGGGAACAAGCUGACGGAGGUACGCACCAGAUCCUUCGUAGGCUUGUGGUCACUCAAGAUCCUCCUGAUGUCCAACAACAGCAUCCAAACUCUGCAGCCACAGUCUCUGUCAUCACUGGAGUUCCUGGAGAGGCUGGACUUGAGUUUUAACCAGCUGCGUUGGCUCCCUCAGGACUUCUCUCAGAGUCUGUCCUCCCUGCAGGAGCUCCGGCUGGACCACAACCUGCUGCAGCACCUGGACUCCGCUUCACUGGGUGAGUUUGAAAACCUGAGGAAACUGGACCUCAGUUACAACCGCAUCCGGGCGAUGGAUGUCGGGACUUUCAGCGGCCUGUCUCGACUGAGCCUCCUUAACCUGGAAGGAAACAAGCUGAACGUGCUUAAAGACGGCCUGUUGAGCAGGCAGCAAAGCCUGGAGGUGCUUCUGCUGGGCCACAACAACAUCUCAGCGAUCGAGACGGAAGCUCUGGCUCCUCUGCGGAGUCUGACUUUGCUGGGCCUGCAGGGAAACCAGCUGCAGCACAUCAGGUUCAAGACCUUCCUGAAGCUCCAGACCACCACAACCCACCUUCAGAUGUCCUCCAACCCUUGGAUCUGUGACUGUGAGCUGCAGCGCGUCUUCGUCAAGAUCCAUCGCGUUCGACAUCUGCUGGUGUACGACUACAAGGACAUCAUCUGUCAUGCUCCUGCUCAGCAAGCCGGGAGCUCCCUGGCGUCGCUGGACAGCCAGCUGUGUGUCACUGAGACAGCAUCAGUGCUCGUCAUCACCAUCACGGUGAUGCUCGCUGUGAUUGGCGCCCUGGUCAAAGCAGAGCACAACCGUAAGAACAAACAAGCUGCCAGUGAUGCAGAGUCAGAUGGACAAGAAAAAUGA